GGAGGCCCAGAUGAAGCUUGGGCUCGGAGCCAUCCUCGAGGGAUUUGGAGUAGUCCAUGGGUGACAGUGACAGAGACGUUGACCGGACGGACAAGUUUGGGGGGGGGAUUGGGGAGUCUGAGAGGGAAACUCGCAAUUCACUUCACUUCCCCAGAAAGCGGCGUCGAGCCAUGCAUUUAUAUUUGAUCACAGUAUGGAAAAGAGAAAAAUUGCCAUGGCGCGGCGGGCAGGGCGAACCAGUGAACCACGGCGGCGGCGGCGGUGGUGGUUGCUAGUGCCCCCCGUCCACAUUCUUUUUAUCUGGGGCCUGUCAUUUGUGGGACAGGAUUUUCUUAUCAGGUGCGCAGAGAUAUUGGCCGACUCUAACAGCCAGGCUAACGGGGUAGACCCUCUGAUAGCCCCCAUUCUUUCCAGUCUUUUCCCGGGGUUCUGGUUUUAUCUAUCUACGACUCGACUGUUGUUCGUCGGAGAUUCCCGCUGUUCGUUGUCGGGUCAUCAGUACCCAUCUUCUCUCUGUGGGUCGGCUUCACUGCAACGCUGCCGGCCAAAUCAAUCCUGGUGCCUUCACAGAGGGAAAGACCUCGAUCAGGAUCAUGGUUCAGAUAAGCGAGGACGGUACAGAGUCGAUAACUCCAUAGAGGACUGCUAUGGGUCCUUUGAGCCAGGUCUUGGCAGCGAGGCUUGUCUGGUGGUGGAGUGAAAAUAAAAAAGAAAAUAAAAAAGAAAAUAAAUAAAUAAAUAAAUACUAAAUAAAUAAAAACGAUGGACAAUCAACCAGCAGUCACAAAUGGAAGGCAAAGGACAGAGUUUCCAAAAGUAAGCGCAGAUGGUCAAGACAGCAUCAUUGUUGUGAUCAUGCAACCUCUCUUUGGCGGAUGCCUGCUUGUUCCCCUCCCAACUGCUCGCCGAUG